GAUAGCGUAGCAACUUCCCUGCUGAUGUAAGCAAUCUCCCGUCUCUUCUUCUCCUCUGUCUGGCACAUCUAGCCACCGAUCAUAUUGUUUUUCAUAUAAAUGUGAAGGACUGGAGAAGCAGAGGCACGAAGUGAACUUCUUGGCCUGUGAAUUUAACUGUGAAACGGCAGACAGGGAAGUGGCCUAAUAACCUGACUUUUCGGCAGGAAUAUUCUACACACAGCGUCAGAGAAGAAUGGCCCAUAAUGCACCAGUGGUAAGGAAUCCACUUAGCCCUGGAGAGAUGUUUCAGAGUAAUGCUGACCGAGCACAACUACCAUCCAACACCUCGACAAGAUACCUGAUUCCUGAAGUCUCUCACUCCCAUCGACAGGACCAGAAGGACAUUGCUACCAAUGGCCUGAGCAUUAGCCCUAGUUCUGCAAUGACCACCAAAGAGCUACAGAAGUACUGGCAGGAAGUGAAGUCCGAGAUGAAGCCUGUCAAACUGCUCUUUGAGAUACACUCCACCCGCACUGUGGAGCAUGCUCUGUCCAAAUACGUGGUCUAUCAGAUUGUCGUGAUCAAGUCGGGCAGCUACGACUCCAAGCGCGUGUCCACGGAAAGGCGCUACAGUGACUUUGAGCGCCUCCACCUGCAACUGCUGGAGGACUUCAGCGAGGAGCUGGAGGAGGUGACGCUGCCCAGGAAGAGGAUGACGGGGAACUUUGCGGAGGAGCACAUCGCCGAGCGUUGCGUGGCCUUCAAGGACUACCUGGCCCAGCUGUACGCCAUCCGUGCCGUUCGCCAGUCCACCCCGUUCCAGGACUUCUUCACCAAGCAGGAGCUGAAGAAGGCCCACGGUUGCCUGUGUGGAGGACAAUACAGCUGGGCCCUGGGGCUGCUGCUCCCGGCGCUGGACUUGCAGGAGAAGCUGGCCCAGCACUGGCCUGCGCUGAUGGUGCCCACCCUGUGUGCCGUGAUGGUGUGCCAGCGGGACCUGGACGACCCCGCCAGCGCCUUCUCCACGGGCCAGCAGGCCCUGCCCCUGGUGCGGCGCUACGGGCUGAGGAAGUACCGCUGCCCCCUGCUGGCGCUGAUGGUGGACCUGGGCUUCCAGCUGGGCCACCCCGUGGCCGUCCUGCAGGAGGAGCUGUGCCGGGUGAAAGACGCCCAGAGGGGCCCGGUGUCCCUGCUGUCCCUCAAAGAGCUGGUGGUGCAGGAGUUCACCUGAACGCAGGCCAGACACGCUGAACACUGUGUGCUGCCUGACGCGUCAACACUCAGUGUAAUUCUGAGCUAAUUCUGCACUGCAGUACCAUUACAUUAAUAUGAUGUAUAAAUAAUAAAAAAUCAUUCGUUUCCAAUAUUCUUCAAAAAAUGAAAGCCCCAUAAUUUGGUCUACACCGUUUUUGUUACUGAAUUGAAAAACAUCUCCUUCAUAAAGCAACAUCGUGGAAGCAACAUAGCAACAUAGCGGAAGCUUGUUUUGAGAAGGCAUGAAACCCAUAUUCAAGCAUAACUGGGUUCCACAGCAUGGAUCAAUUCCACAAAGAGAACUUUGAGGUGGGCUCAUUUUGUGCAUGUUACUAUGAAACUUUUUUUUCCAAUUCAUGUUGUCCACCUUUGGGAGUGCCAAGUGACAGAACACUGCAGCAGAGCCACCGCUGGUGAAGAGCAGGGUGCAAUGCUGUGGAGUCACCACUUGAGGAGGCCAUUGUAUAUAUUUUAUUAAACGGCUCAAUACUUGGAAAAAGAAAACUUCCAAAACUUAAUCUAUUUCAUUUCGGUGAAGAGACUGUGAGUAAUGACAGAAAGUAAAAUAAUAGAAAUUAGGUGUGUGUUUACAGUAUAUGCUUAAUGUAGGUCUGCUGCCAGCUAGCAUAUUCACAGAUAAUUGAAAUAUGUGGGAAUAUUUAACUUAUUGGUCUUCUGCUGCUGUAGCCGGUUCACUUAGAGGUUUGGCGGGUUGUGUGUUCAGAGAUCUGCAUACCACUGUUGUAAUUUGUGGUUAUUUACAUUACUGUCACCUUCCUGUCACCUCCACCUCUGACCUAUCUUGUUAACAAUGCAUUCUUGCCUGCAAAACUGCUGCUCACUGAAUCUUUUCAGUUUUUCGCACCAUUCUGCAAACUCUAGAGACUGUUGUUCAUGAAAAUCAGCCAUUUCCGAAUUACUCAAAACACCCUGUCUGACACAAUACAAUCAUUCCACAGUGACUUAUAUCACAUUUAUUCCCCAUUCUGACAUUUGGUCUAUACAGCAGCUGAAUCUCUUGACCACAUCUGCAAGCUUUUAUGCAUUUAGUUGCUGCCACAUGUUUGGCUUUUUAAAUAUUUCAUUAAUAAGCUUAAUGUACAGGUCUACCUAAUAAAUUGCUCACUGAGUAUUUAUUUGAACGCUAUCUGCUAUGCAUGUCUUUCUCAUUCAGUUCAAUUACAUGUUUAGAAUGGACCAUGUGAAUUGGGAAAUUGGGUAUCCCACAGUUUAGUGAAAAGGGAAAAAGGCAAAAAAUAAUGGUAUGGACAUCUGAAAGUAUUAACUACAAAAUACAAAAAUAAAUUCAAAAAAUGAAA